ACUGAGCCACCCAGGCGCCCCAUCUUUUUUAAUAUCCUUAUUGAAGAAAGUGAAAUGUUGGUACUUUAGUUUUGGUUUCCCCCCAUUUUUUUUUUGCCUAUAAAAUCCCGAAGUUUGGAAAUCAUCGUUCUAAUUACACACAAACUAGUAGGUCGAAUAUUGAUUGUUAGGGCUUUGUUAGGGCUACAGAUUUUUUUUCAUUAAAACAUGUUUUUCAGUUUGAAAAAUCUGGUCUAUACAUAAAGCCUAUUAUUGAAAGAAAGCUAAAACUUCCAACAGAGCAAAGAGUGAGACUAGUAUUCGGUCACAGAGCGGGCCCUUUAAAGAGAUCAGGGGGAUGUUGUACAAGUCCUCUCAAACGUGGAUUUAAAUUAAUUGCCCACAUAUAAAAUUUGGGGAAUUCUACAGAUGAAUGCAGAUUUUCAGCUUCUCUGGAAAUUAGAUCUAUCAAUUUCAGUUCUUCGUUGUUGCUGGACCUGAGUGGCCACUACCCCGAACCCUUCUAAUCUGCCACCACUCUGUUCUUUCUGCUGUGCCCCGUGUUGCCUGGUCACCCAUGGGUGUCAUCUCAGUCCUACGGGCCUUGUCCCUCGCAGCCUCCUGCAGUGUGGGACCUGGACCACAGCACUGGCCUCACCUGGGAGGUGGUGAGAAAGCAGAAGCUCAGGCUCCACCCAAACCUAUCGAAUCAGAAUCUGCAUUUUGACAAGAUCUGCAGAAGAUUACUACACAGAUUAAAGAUUGCCGAGCCUUGCCCACAAUGAUCCCCAAGCUCCUUUCCCAGCAAGAUUCGGAACACUGACCACUGGCGGAGCCCUGGUCUGCUCACCAUGGUAACAGGAAGGUACACUGAAGGGAUCAGGCGGUGGGACAUGGCUGAGGAUAAAGGCAAGAGAGACUCCAUCGGUAUGAGUCUGCGGGGAUGUCGGACCAACAACGGGUUUGUGCAGAACGAAGACAUCCUGGAGAAGGAACCGGACCCGGGCAGCCCUCCGGACAGCGCAGUGGCCAUCCUUGGCCCUGGCAAGCCCGCCCUGCAGAUCAUCAGGCCAUAUGCGGGCAUGCCCAAGGAGGUGCUGUUCCAGUUCUCCGGCCAGGCCCGCUACCGGGUGCCCCGGGAGGUGCUCUUCUGGCUCACUGUGGCUUCUGUGCUCGUGCUCACCGCGGCCACCAUAGCCAUCAUUGCUGUCUCUCCCAAGUGCCUGGACUGGUGGCAGGAGGGGCCCAUGUACCAGAUCUACCCGAGAUCUUUCAAGGACAGUGACCAGGAUGGGAACGGAGACCUGAGAGGUAUUCAAGAGAAACUGGACUACAUCACAACUUUAAAUAUAAAAACUAUUUGGAUUACUUCAUUUUAUAAAUCAUCCCUUAAAGAUUUCCGACACGGUGUUGAAGAUUUCCGAGAAAUUGAUCCUAUUUUUGGAACGAUGAAAGAUUUUGAGAAUCUGGUUGCAGCCAUACAUGAUAAAGGUUUAAAAUUAAUAAUUGAUUUCAUACCAAACCACACCAGUGAUAAACAUGCUUGGUUUCAAUUGAGUCGGAACCGGACAGGGAAAUAUACCGAUUAUUACAUCUGGCAUGACUGUAUGCAUGAAAAUGGCACAACCAUACCACCCAAUAACUGGUUAAGUGUAUAUGGAAACUCCAGUUGGCACUUUGACGAAGUACGAAACCAGUGUUAUUUCCACCAGUUUUUGAGAGAACAACCUGAUUUAAAUUUCCACAAUCUUGAUGUUCAAGAAGAAAUAAAAGAAAUUAUACGGUUCUGGCUCACAAAGGGUGUUGAUGGCUUUAGUUUCGAUGCUGUUAAAUUCCUUCUAGAAGCAGAGCAUCUGAGAGAUGAAGCCCAAGUGAAUAAGACUCAAAUACCGGACACAGUCACACAUUACUGGGAGCUCUACCAUGACUUCACCACCACGCAGGUGGGAAUGCAUGACAUUGUCCGGAGCUUCCGGCGGACAAUGGACCAAUACAGCAGGGAGCCUGGGAGAUACAGGUUCAUGGGGACUGAAGCCUAUGGAGAGAGCAUUGACGGGACCAUGAUGUACUAUGGGCUGCCUUUUAUUCAAGAAGCAGAUUUUCCCUUCAACAAUUAUCUCAGUAAGCUAAACACUCUUUCUGGGAACAGUGUGUUUGAGGUUAUCACAUCCUGGAUGGAAAACAUGCCAGAAGGAAAAUGGCCUAACUGGAUGAUCGGUGGACCGGACACUGCCCGGCUGACUUCUCGUUUUGGGGAAGAAUAUGUCAACAUCAUGAACAUGCUUGUUUUCACACUCCCUGGAACUCCCAUAACUUACUAUGGGGAAGAAAUAGGAAUGAGAAAUAUUUUAGUCACAAAUCUCAACGAAAGCUAUGAUGUUAAUACCCUCCUCUCAAAGUCACCAAUGCAGUGGGACAAUAGUUCAAAUGCUGGAUUUUCUGAAGCCAGUCUCACCUGGUUACCCACAAAUUCAGAUUACCAUACUGUGAAUGUUGAUGUCCAAAAGACUCAGUCCAGAUCAGCACUGAAGUUAUAUCAAGAAUUAAGUUUGCUUCAUGCCAAUGACCUGCUCCUCAGCAGGGGCUGGUUUUGCUAUUUGAGGAAUGACAGCCACUCUGUCGUGUACACAAGAGAGCUGGAUGGCAUCGACAGAGUCUUUCUCGUGGUUCUGAAUUUUGGAGACUCGACAACGGUCAAUCUAAAGGAAAUGAUUUCCAGUAUUCCCACAAGAGUGAGGAAAAGGUUAAGUACCAAUCCUACCAACAAAGGCAGUGAAGUUGAUACGUAUGCCACUUUACUGGACAAAGGAGAAGGCCUCAUCCUUGAAUACAACACGAAAAACCUCCUUCAUCAACAAACAGCUUUCAGAGACAGAUGUUUUGUUUCCAAUCAGGCAUGCUAUUCCAGUGUAUUAAACAUACUGCACAGCUUGUGUUAG